UACUCCAACACCAGAAUGACAUGGCAAGAAGCUCGAGAAUGGUGUUGGAGUCAUAAUUACACCGACAUGGUGGCCAUUCAGAACCAAGGUGAGAUUGCCCAUCUCAACGAAAUUCUGCCCUCGGUUUCGGGAUAUUACUGGAUCGGCAUCCGCAAGAUGGAAGGCAGCUGGACCUGGGUCGGAACCAAGAAACUGUUGACUGCUGAAGCUGAGAACUGGGCUAAAGGGGAACCGAACAAUGGAGGGAACAAUGAAGACUGUGUGGAGAUCUACAUCAAAAGAAUGACAGAUGCAGGGAAAUGGAAUGACGAGUCUUGUUUGAAGAAGAAGACCGCUCUUUGUUACACAGCAUCCUGCCAACCCGACUCCUGCAGUGGAAAUGGAGAAUGUGUGGAGACCAUCAAUAGCCACAAGUGUGACUGCUUUGAAGGUUUCUAUGGUGACAAAUGUGAACAUGUUGUGAAAUGUUCAAAGGAUAACGUUACAGCCCCGGCCGACGGCAAUUUCAAGUGCGCACACCCACAUGGAGAUUUCUCGUACGCUUCUCAGUGCGAGUUCUCCUGCGAGAAGGGUUAUCAGUUAACUGGCUCAACAACUAUGCGAUGCACAGCCUCCGCUACCUGGUCAACGAGCCCGCCAUCGUGCAAACCUGUCAAAUGCGGCGAGCUUCAGGUUCCAGAUCAUGGUUACAAAAACUGUCACGACCCACUAAGCCGUUACUCCUACUUGUCCGCCUGCGAAUUCUCUUGUGAAGAAGGAUACCAACUUAGGGGCUCCAGCUCCGACAGCAAAACCCUGCGCUGUCAAUCCUCGGGACUCUGGAGCGACUCACAACCUCUUUGCAAAGCUGUUCAGUGCCCAGAGCUGGGGAAACCAGACAAUGGAGAGAUCAGCUGCAGUGAGGAAAGUUUCCAGUAUGGGAGCAGCUGUACUUUCAAGUGCGCCGACGGUUUUCGCUUGCAAGGGGCAUCAGAAAUCAGAUGCACCGAGUCUGCACAGUGGAGUCAGGAGAUACCUACCUGUGAAGCCGUCCGCUGCCCUGCUCUCCAGACCUUGCAGAUGGGCGCUGUGACCUGCUCCAACUCUGACCUGACCGUCAGCUCAGUCUGCAACUUCAACUGUGAUGAGGGAUUUAUCCUGCAGGGGGCGCUGAGUAUGGAGUGUACAGAGGCAGGACACUGGAGUUCUGACAUGCCAUACUGCGCAGCAGUGGAAUGCCCGCUAAUCCCAGAGCCAGCCAACGGCUCCAAAAACUGCACCUCUGAGGCCUCGGUCUUUGGAACUCUCUGCUCCUUCGACUGCGACCAUGGAUACCGUCUCCACGGCCACGAGAAUGUAACGUGCAACCAGCAUGGUAACUGGUCUGGAGAGACACCUACAUGCAAAGUUGUCCCUGGGCCACCGGUAGCCAGCAGCACCGUAGCACUGGCAGCAGGAGGUGCUGGCACCCUGUCGUUCCUCUCACUGGCUGCCUGGCUCCUACGCAAACUGAAGAGGAAAGAUAAGAAGUUUGAACUGAACAGCAACUCAGACAUCGAAAUUCCUCCUCAGGUAUACAAGAACAGCAUCGAUAAUUUGGCAAUCAUUCAGAACGACAAUGAAAUCGAUUAUAUCAGAAAUAACUUGCCAAAGAAUGUGGACCGCUACUGGAUUGGACUGACGAAGACUGAUGGGAAAUGGACGUGGCUUGGAACGAAUAAAUCGUUGGUGGGAGAGGGGUACUGGGAUGUUAACGAACCGAACAACAGACUUUCAGACGAAAACUGCAUUGAGAUGUAUGCCAACGGCCAAAAAUUCGGCAAAUGGAACGAUGAAUCGUGCACGAAGGAGAAAAUUGCGCUAUGCUAUAAAGCCCAAUGCAAUCGCACUACAUGUGGCUAUGGUGAAUGUGAAGAGACUGUCAACAACUUCACCUGUGUGUGGAAUACGGAGUGUCCCGGUCCCUAUGAAGAAGCCCUCUCCUCCUCGCAGGAGAGUGUGAGGAAGCGCUUUGACAGGAAAGCAGUUGAGCGACAGUCUCAGCCCGGCGAUCAAGUUUCGGUCCUAUCGCCAAUGCCUGGGUCUUCUCUUACCGCCCGUCUCUCAGGCCCGUACGUGGUGAAAAGUAAAGUGUCUGACACAGAUUAUGUCAUCUACACCCCUGAACGGAGGAAAAAGACACGGUUGUGCCGUGUUAACAUGCUCAAGCCCUAUCAUUCCGGGGAUGCUGCUCGGGGGGAGCAGGAAAAAACUCCGGAGACUGCUGCCCCCGUCCUGCUGUUCCUUUUGAGUGGAACGAUGAAUGUCAACAUGCCUUUGAUGCUGAUGUACAACCAUAACCAGCGGUUGAUGCGUUGGGCUCUACUGGUGCAAGGCUACAACAUUGAGAUCAGACAUAAAAAAGGGACAGACAACAUUGUGGCUGACAUGGCUUUGUGGGCGUCUGGUGGUGGAUUCUGUGUGGGUUUGUUGAUGAUCACCUGCAUCGGUGAGAAAUACGUUCAGGCUUGGACAUACCACUACUACACGGAUGUCAACAGGGACUGGGACACAGCUCGAGAGUGGUGUCAAAAACAUCACACCGACAUGGUGGCCAUCCAAAACAAAGAGGAGAACGUCUACCUCAAUGAAUACCUACCUCGGCACCGGGGGUACUAUUGGCUGGGGAUCAAACAGGUGAAGGGGAUCUGGACGUGGGUCGGCACCCAGAGGCCUCUGACCAAAGAGGCGGCAAACUGGGCCCCGGGGGAGCCCAAUAACCUGGGGAUGGAUAGCGGUAUGGGUUGCGUGGAGAUGUACAUUAAGCGAGAGCUACACACGGGGAUGUGGAACGACGAGAGCUGUAAGAAGCUGAAGGCAGCCCUGUGCUACACAGUGACAGCUCCACAGGGAGGCAAAAUGAACUGUUCUCAUCCUGAAGCCCACCUCAGUUUUGGCUCUCACUGCAGUGUGAGCUGUGAACAGGGCUUUGUGCUGAAAGGGGAGUCAGAAGUGGAGUGCACUGCAUUUGGACACUGGAGUCAGGAGAUGCCCUCAUGUCAGGUUGUCCAGUGUGGGUUCCCCUCUCUCUCAUCCUCUCCUCUGUGGCCCCUCCUCAUGAACUGCUCUCACACACACGGCAAUUACAGUUUCGGGUCCACAUGUGAUUUCCAGUGUGAUGAAGGUUUUGUGUUGAAUGGGAUCAGUCAACUCACCUGCACCUCUACAGGACUGUGGUCACACUCUCUGCCCACCUGUACAGCUCAACAGUGCCCCCAACUGACAGCUCCACAGAGAGGCAUGAUGAACUGCUCUCAUCUCCACUCUGACUUCAGUUUUGGCUCUCGCUGCAGUGUGAGCUGUGAACAGGGCUUUGUGCUGAAAGGGGAGUCAGAAGUGGAGUGCACUGCAUCUGGACACUGGAGUCAGGAGAUGCCCUCAUGUCAGGUUGUCCAGUGUGAGUCCCCCACUCUCUCAUCCUCUCCUCUGUGGCCCCUCUUCAUGAACUGCUCUCACACACAAGACAGUUACAGUUUGGGCUCCACAUGUGAUUUCCAGUGUGAUGAAGGUUUUGUGUUGAAUGGGAUCAGUCAACUCACCUGCACUUCUACAGGACUGUGGUCACACUCUCUGCCCACCUGCACAGCUCAACAGUGCCCCCAACUGACAGCUCCACAGAGAGGCAUGAUGAACUGCUCUCAUCUCCACUCUGACUUCAGUUUUGGCUCUCGCUGCAGUGUGAGCUGUGAACAGGGCUUUGUGCUGAAAGGGGAGUCAGAAGUGGAGUGCACUGCAUCUGGACACUGGAGUCAGGAGAUGCCCUCAUGUCAGGCUCAACAGUGCCCCCAACUGACAGCUCCACAGAGAGGCAUGAUGAACUGCUCUCAUCUCCACUCUGACUUCAGUUUUGGCUCUCGCUGCAGUGUGAGCUGUGAACAGGGCUUUGUGCUGAAAGGGGAGUCAGAAGUGGAGUGCACUGCAUCUGGACACUGGAGUCAGGAGAUGCCCUCAUGUCAGGUUGUCCAGUGUGGGUUCCCCUCUCUCUCAUCCUCUCCUCUGUGGCCCCUCCUCAUGAACUGCUCUCACACACACGGCAAUUACAGUUUCGGGUCCACAUGUGAUUUCCAGUGUGAUGAAGGUUUUGUGUUGAAUGGGAUCAGUCAACUCACCUGCACCUCUACAGGACUGUGGUCACACUCUCUGCCCACCUGUACAGCUCAACAGUGCCCCCAACUGACAGCUCCACAGAGAGGCAUGAUGAACUGCUCUCAUCUCCACGCUGACUUCAGUUUUGGCUCUCGCUGCAGUGUGAGCUGUGAACAGGGCUUUGUGCUGAAAGGGGAGUCAGAAGUGGAGUGCACUGCAUCUGGACACUGGAGUCAGGAGAUGCCCUCAUGUCAGGUCGUCCAGUGUGGGUUCCCCUCUCUCUCAUCCUCUCCUCUGUGGCCCCUCCUCAUGAACUGCUCUCACACACACGGCAAUUACAGUUUGGGCUCCACAUGUGAUUUCCAGUGUGAUGAAGGUUUUGUGUUGAAUGGGACCAGUCAACUCACCUGCACCUCUACAGGACUGUGGUCACACUCUCUGCCCACCUGUACAGGUAAGAUGAACUGCUCUCAUCUCCACUCUGACUUCAGUUUUGGCUCUCGCUGCAGUGUGAGCUGUGAACAGGGCUUUGUGCUGAAAGGGGAGUCAGAAGUGGAGUGCACUGUAUCUGGACACUGGAGUCAGGAGAUGCCCUCAUGUCAGGGGGUGAAGAAAUCUUUGAGCGCUGAGCUGCUGGCGCACAUGGCGGUUGGGGCAAGCAUCGGUCUCGGGCUGGGACUGCUAAUAUUGCUGCUUUUGAAAUCAAGUUCAAGGGAAAAACAAACACUCCAGACCAAACACUGCUGGGCUCUCCUGCUGUCGGCCCGCUCACACACCCGCUGUUCUCUCCAUCCUCACCCCCGGCAUCCUGCUGCAGAACGGGCACCCGCUCCAGAGCCUGCUGGCUUUGGGCACAAUGCCUGCAGUCACAGACUGGCCUUUGUCCGCUAG